CACAUUGCGGAAUAAAUAAAUAGCCACUGUGAUGUCUGCGACAUGUCAGUGAAGGGUGUGGACUUUUCUUCACUAGGUGCUGACACGAUGGCCGGCUUCUCGUUGUACGUCUCGGAUGAUGAGGUAGAUUUUCAAAGGGGCCAUCUUUGUAACCACCACAACGAGUCAACACUCCCGGAGCUGGUGCAGGAGAUUGAGUGCAAGGUUCACGGCAGAUACGUCACGUUUUACAACGAAAGAAUCCCUGACGGCAGAUAUCCUGACGGAUAUUCGCCAACGGCCGUGAUACAGUUGUGUGAAAUCAAUGUCUACGGAUGUGAAGGAGGGAAAGGUGGAUUUCCCUGCAUGCCUUGCUCCGCCAGGUGUCGCGACGGGAUAUGUGAUGUUGAGUCAUCAAAGUGUAUCAAAUGUUUUGAUGGUUACUAUGGUGAAGAUUGCAAUAAAGUCUGUCCAUCCGGGUAUUUUGGACACAAGUGUGAGACAAGUUGCAGUGAUAAGUGUAAGGCUGUUGGGCAGUGUGACCCCGUGGACGGUCGCUGUAGUGGUGGGUGUGUAGCUGGAUGGAAAGGGAACCAAUGUACUCAACGUAUUGAAACAUCCGGCCGUGUAGAAGAGGAUUCGAAUACAGCAAAAAUUGCCAUAGGCGUGGUCGUAGGAGUUUUACUGAUCAUCAUCGCUAUCGUAGUCAUUUUCAUCUUCAUCAGAUUUAUACAGCGAUCAGAUUCACGGAUCAUUGCACGACAGAAGACGUGAUAAGAUCAACACACUCAGUUAUAAGUCAAGAUAUGCAAGAACGUGAAAGGAUUUCGUUCUUGAGUACAUUAGUAUAUCGUAUUUACAUGUUUCUCUGUAUCUAAGUUCAUUAUAGAAAGAAAGAGACAGUCCUAAAAUCGAAGUAGAAAUGUGAUAUAUACAGGUACGGAGAGAGAGAGAGAGAGAGAGAGAGAGAGAGAGAGAGAGAGAGAGAGAGAGAGAGUAUUUUUUAUAUAUUCAAAGAAUAUACAAUUGUAACACGCGACACCUUGUUAUGAAAUGUACAAUAUUCUAUUACCUGUACCGUCAUCAGUAGGUGCACAUUUACAACGUACAAAGCAAAUACAUGGAUACUAUCUCAAAUAUUUAAAGUAAUUAUAUUUACAUGCAUGACUUUACAAUACGGCGAUUUAUGAUAUACG